AUGGACUUGGAGGAUGAGCUUGAGCUCUCUCCCAGAUUCGUGGCGGCGCUCUUGCGGGGCGGCUCAGGAGUUGGAGUGCUGCAACGCGCUCAAGAUGAGCUGACUCGCCGUGCUCACAAUUUGUGGUUGGAAACAGGCCGUAGUGACGAAAAGGCCAACUGGGAGGAUGCAGAGCGGACCUUGGUGCGUUGGCGGAGACAGCCUGAGACUGGAAGCGACGCGGGAAACCCGGGCUUUGAUGCUUUGUGCGACUCGCCAACGGAAAGCUUUGCCAUGGAUUUUGCAGCGAGCCGCGAGGAGCUUGCUGAAACUUGUGUUACUCUUCAGGCCAAUCUGCAUGCGGCCAGAGCUGCACUUCAGCAGGAGAAGUGGGCGGUACGAGCUUUGCGUAAGGAUCUUCAAGCCGAGCGGGCUCGAAGCAAACGCUUCUCAUUCAAGUUGAUGGCUGCAGAGACGCAGUUGUACAAAGAGACGGCCAAACCCAAUCCAGGACAUGCCAGAACAGCGCGAGGUAUCCCUGUCCCUGCCGUCGCUGCCUUUGACAGUUUGAAAGAUGGUCGGCAAGAAGCCGAGCAUUAUCGCUUAACGCCGAGAGCCCGGGGCCGCAGAGGGUGCUACACUGGUUACACCAGCCCCGUGCAGAGCUCCUGCAGCAGCGACUGCGAAGCGUGCGAGAUCAGUUCAGCAGAAUCUGGGUGCCAUACGCCGACAGCAUCCUGGUGGUAUGCUGAUGGCAAAGAUCAUUCUGAAAUUGGUUUGGACCACUUUGAUACUACAUAUGCUGAGGCCAGUAUCCUGCACCCGGAGUGCUCAGAUUCAUGGUGGUUUUCUGAAGACAGCACUCGGCAUCAUACUGCGAGUGAGGACAGCAAUCUCACCGUACCCGCAGACAGCUUUACCUCCGAGAAGUAUGAUCCCGAGGAUGCAGAGGAGUCUACGCAGGUCAGCUUCUGGGACAGAGACAGCUUGUGGCUCGGAAGCACGUACAGUGCCAUCGAAGAUCUUCUGGGCCGCAGAAGACCUGGCCAGAAUUCGUGGGCGUCCCAAUGA